UACCCAAUUACUAUUCUUUGACCCAUGUAUGCUGGUGGCAAGUUGAAGACAGACUGGGCUUCUUUCGAGUUUCUCCACAUCAAUCAUCAAUGGCAGACGUAACGAAGAGAUAUGCAGUGGUUACUGGUGCAAAUAAGGGAAUCGGAUUUGGAAUAUGUAAACAGCUGGCUUCAAAAGGAAUCACGGUGUUGUUAACUGCUAGAGAUGAGAAGAGGGGUCUUGAAGCUGUUGAAAAGCUGAAACAGUAUGGUCUAUCUGAUAAUGUAGAUUUUCAUCAACUUGAUGUUGUAGACCCUGCUAGUAUUGCUUCUUUGGUAGACUUCAUCAAAACACAAUUCGGGAAGCUUGAUAUUUUGGUGAAUAAUGCAGGAAUAUACGUUAAUGGUGUCCAAGCCGAUGCUAAUGCUCUUAAAGCUGCAGGUCUUAGUAAGCCUGGUGCACAAGUAAACCGGCAUGAGCUAAUGACUCAAACAGCCGAGUUAUGCCUUCAGACAAACUACUAUGGUGCCAAAAGAAUGUGUGAAUCACUUAUUCCUCUUCUCCAGCUAUCUGAUUCCCCAAGAAUCGUAAAUGUUUCCUCCAACAUGGGGAAGUUAAAGAACAUAUCAAAUAAAUGGGCUAAAGCAAUCCUCGGUGAUGCUGGUAAGCUUACAGAAGAGAAAGUUGAUGAGGUGUUGAGCGAGUAUCUGAAAGAUUUGAAGGAGGGUUCAUUGCAAGCUAAGGGCUGGCCUGCUUUUGCGUCAGCCUAUGUACUUUCCAAAGCAGCUAUGAAUGCCUAUACAAGGAUCCUGGCUAAGAAGUACCCUGGUUUCUGCAUCAACUGUGUUUGCCCCGGCUUUGUUAAAACAGACAUGACCAACUAUGGUGGGAUCUUAACUGUUGAAGAAGGUGCUGCCAGUCUUGUUAGAUUGGCAUUGUUGCCUAAUGGUGGCCCUUCUGGUUUCUUCUUUAUUCGGAUGCAAGAGUCAGAUUUUUGAUCAGAACUGCUUCAUUUAAAGAAGUUUAGCUUGUGGUUGGCCCAAAUACAAAAGAAAAGUUUAGCUUGUGAAGAACUGUUGAUGUUUGUCU